CUAUUGGUAUAUUAGAGGUGAGACUGUACCUGACAGAGUUAGAAGGAAUCAGCAAACCAUGCCUCCAGUUCAGAUCAGCAGUAAGAGGACUCCCCCUGCAGCCACAAGAAUUUAGCACAUCCCACCACUUUUCUUCUACCUGGGAGUCAUCUGUGAUGGUGGCAGAGGGAUAACCAAUUGGCUGAUAGAGUAACAAAUGAAAAGUAACUUGACUCCAUUGACCUGCUUAACUCCGUAUGGGAACGAUGGAAAGAAGCAACUGUUUGCUUUGAAACAGUGGAACAGGUUUUACAGCUGGAGAAAAUGGCAUGUAACGUCCCUAACCAAAGACAGCGGACUAUGUCAACCUCUGGAGAAGCUCUGUAUGAAAUUCUUGGUCUGCAGAAGGGAGCAUCAAAUGAAGAAAUUAAGAAAACCUACAGAAAGUUGGCCCUGAAACACCAUCCAGACAAGAAUCCAGAUGACCCAGCUGCUGCUGACAAGUUUAAGGAAAUCAACAAUGCCCACACAAUACUUACUGACAUGUCCAAGAGAAUCAUAUAUGACAAGUACGGAUCGCUGGGACUCUAUGUGGCCGAGCAAUUUGGAGAUGAAAAUGUUAAUACCUACUUUAUGCUUUCAAGUUGGUGGGCAAAGGCCCUGUUUGUCAUUAUUGGCCUCUUGACCGGCUGCUAUUUUUGCUGCUGUCUGUGCUGUUGUUGCAACUGCUGCUGUGGACGCUGCCGGCCCAAAUCAUCCGAGCCAGAAGAGGACUUCUAUGUGUCCCCAGAGGAUCUUGAGGAGCAGAUCAAGACUGACAUGGAAAAAGAUUUGGACUUUCCAGUUGUUCUUCAGCCUACAAAUGCAAAUGAGAAAACACAGCUAAUCAGAGAAGGACCUCGAAGUUAUUGCACAGACUCUUAAUACUGAGCCCAUUGAGGGUCUGCGGUACCUCCUCCUGGUUCACCCAGGCCUCCAGGUGGUCAUGGGGAGAGGACAGGGGGCAUGAAACGCUGUGAACUUUUCCACAUUUGUAUUUUAUUUUUAGGUUAGGGAAAGACAACUUUCCCUACAUAACUUUCCAGUAUGCAGACUUACUCUCUGAGUAGAAUUCCUAAUGAAACAUUCCAUUUCGGUGAAUAAAGACUUGGAGAAUUGU